ACCACUCAAUUUAGUGCAAUUCUUGGCUUACGCCGUGCAGAUCUGUUAGCAAUGAUGGCGGCGCGUAAAGUGUUAAUUUCCCUGCUUAUAGCACUGCUAUCCAUCAUUCCGAGCAAUGCUGCGCCCAAUGGACGUAUCGUUGGUGGUGUCGAUGCCACAAUCGGUCAGUUCGCACACCAGGUCUCUCUGCAGCGUGAAGAUGGCUCCCACACGUGUGGUGGAUCGAUUAUUAGUGAAAACUAUAUUCUGACAGCGGCGCAUUGUGUUGUUGUUGGCAAUGGUAUUGAACCUUAUCCUGCUAAAUUUUACCAAGUGCGCGUUGGCAGCAUACAACGUACGGUCGGUGGGCAGUUGUUGAAGUUAAAACGCAUUAUCGUUAACAAAACUUACGGUAAUUUCCUGAAUGAUGUAGCCCUUCUGGAAUUGGAGCAACCUCUGGUGUUUACCAGCAAUAUACAAGCCAUCGAACUGGCUGAUGAAGAAGUGCCCACCGGUGAAGAAGUCACCAUCUCAGGUUGGGGACGUCUCUACACAAACGGUCCAAUUCCAUAUCGCCUGCAAUGGAAUACAUUGAAGGCCUUGAACGUGGAGGAGUGUGAUGCAGCUAUCGGCAUGGGUGAGGCAAGUAUAAUCUGUUUGGCUCAUCAGGCUGGAAACGGUGCAUGCAACGGUGACUCAGGUGGACCAGCCACUUAUAAGGGCAAACUGGUUGGUGUUGCUGGUUUUGUGGUUGGUGGUUGUGGUAGUGCCAAUCCCGAUGGUUAUGCCAAAGUGUCUUAUCAUCGUGAAUGGAUUAGAGCUAAUGCUGGUGUCUAAAGUAACUAAGGAAAUGUAUAUAGUAAUAAUAAUAAUAAAAAACAUAUUUAUU